UUCUACUGAAACUGAUAAGUUGUAAUUUUUAUUUAGUGGCAAAAAUUAUAAUAUUUAGAUAAAUUAAAUUCAGAGGUUAAUCUUUAAAUAUGAAAGCAAUAAAAAAUAAAAGAAGACUUCUUAUGGGCUUAAUAAGUGCUCCAGCCGAUAUGAAUUUAAAUAAAUUUCUUUAUUUUUAUGGGCCGGCUAUAUCAGAUGUUGCUGAAUAUGAUUUUUAUGAUGGAAAACGUAUUCUUCAACAUGAGAAAUUUGAUAAAAAUAAAAAGACUGUACUCUAUUUGCAUGGUUAUUUAGAAAACCGUGAAGUUGAAAGUGUUCAAGUAAUAGCUGAUGCAUAUUUAUGUAGAUCUGAUAUAAAUAUUAUAAUAGUAGAUUGGGGCGAAUUAGCUGAUGGAAAUUAUUUGUAUGAUGCAGUACCAAAUGCUAAACAAUUAGGUCCACAAUUAUCAAAAGUUCUUUUAGAAAUGUUUGAAAAUGGUUUAAAUAUAGAAAAAUUUCAUAUAGUAGGACAUUCUUUAGGUGGUCAGGUGGCAGGUAUGAUUGGUCGUGAAAUUAUUGAUAGAACAAAAGGUAGAUUAAUAAUUCCAAGAAUUACAGCUUUAGAUCCAGCAUUCCCACCAUUUUAUUAUACAUAUUCAAAACAUAUUUGUAAAACAGAUGCAAAAUUUGUUGACAUAAUGCAUACAGACGCGUGGUUAUAUGGUUCUCCAUGUAGUACUGGACAUGCAGAUUUUUGGCCAAAUGGUGGUAAGACUCUACAACCUGGUUGUCCUAAAAGAAAUUAUAAAAUGCUGACUGACAAUGAUUUAUCAAGUCAUAGAAGAUCUUGGUGGUUUUGGGCUGAAAGUAUAUCAAAUAAAUUUUCAACUAAAUUUGAAGCAGUUAAAUCAAAAUCAUGGAAUGAUUUCAAAACGGGAAAAAUAUUACCAGAGGAAGAUCCUAAUUUAGUAGUUUAUAUGGGAGAAGAUUGUCCGUUAAACAUUACGGGAGAUUAUUACUUACAGACAAAUGGCGAGACACCAUUUGCAAAAGGAUUAUCCGGUACAAAAUAUAUUGAUAAAGAAAAUGAAGAUGCAAAAACUUGAUAUAUGUUAGCAGGUGCAGGUAUAUAUUUUAUAUGAAAUAUGUGUAGAUAUAUAUUCUUAAAUACAUAUUAUAAUGAAAUUUUACAUGUUGUAUAUACAAUCACAAUUUUGGAAAAAUAAAAGUGAUUUUG